AUGUUUUCACGAAACAGGAGACAAUCAGCGCUAGCAACGAAAGAGGACAUAGUCGCUAAUUUUGUCAGGCUUAUUACAUUAUGGGGAUUGCUAACUGACUUGGAAUUAAGUAAUAUGUCUUGUCAGCCCCUAAAAUUGAAGAAAUUGAAUGUUGAGGAGACGAAAAGAUAUAUUGAAAACUACAAAAAGGAAAACAAAGAUAUCAUUAAGAAAAACCGGACAAGACCUUCAUUAUCAUUGGCUUUUUAUGACUCUGAGUUGGAACGUGAAUCCAUAUUACGUGAAAAGAGAGAACAAGAGGAGGAGGAAGAAGAAAGCCAACCAAAAGGAUUGCAGAAAGCUUGUACACCUGAGGAUUCUAGUAGUUUGAUUACCACUGGAUCUAAAGGAGAAAAACGAAGGGAAAUGGUUCCACCAACACCUCGGACAAAUAUGCUUAAUACGCCUUCUUCGACCGUUGGACGCCGACCGCCUACUACGUUUAUUCCACCAUCAGUAUAUGCUCCUCCUUCAUUUAUAGUACCACCCACACAAACUUCUGGUUAUGCCCCAGCUCUGCAUUUCCCGUCCGUCCAUUACCCACUCCAGUAA